AUGGAAGGCGCUGCUGAAAUACAUUGUAACAAAGAGAUCCCUAUGACUUCAGAGAACGAUUUACAAGAGAAUAGAGACUCUAAUUUAAAGGUAGAAAGCUCUUUUGGCUCAGGGCUCUUUUCGGAUUUUGAAUCAUCUUCAGAAGGUUAUAAAGGAAGCUUUAUGGAUAGAUCUUAUGAGAUGAACCCAGACGGGUUCCCCAAUAAUAUAGAAACCAUAGAAAAUAGCUUUAAGGUCUCGUUUGAUAAUGAAGCAGAUUUUAAUCAAGUUUUCACACAAGAAAUUUCUAAUUUCACAUUAGAUGAAGACGAGUCAGAAGAAAGAGGGGAUGAGGAGAUUGUUAUAAGAAACCCUUUGCCAAGCAUGAAAGUGCAAAGAGAGCCUAUAGAAGCGCUGUAUAACCCUAGCAAAAUCUUUCGAUAUAAUAACCAGGCAAUAUCUUUACUCUAAAAUUGAACAAAAAUCCUGUUUUUAAUUCAAAGGAGGUUAAAAAAAAAAAUUUUAAAAAAAAUAAAAUGAAGGCAAUUAUGAAGAAUUAAUUAAAAAUUUAUUGAAUCGGAGUGAAACGCUUUAAAUAGUACUCUACUAAAUUAGGUUAAAACUUGUAAUAUAAAAUUAGUAUUUUUACCUAUAAAAUUUAAAAUUAAAAUUUGUUCGAAUUUAAAGGGGUGAAUGCAUCCGAAAAUGAAAACUUUACCUAUAUUUUCCAAUUUAAAGGGAAAAUUAGAAAGUAAUGGGAUAAGAAAAAGAUGACUAUGCUACUCUUGCCUUCAGAGCUCAGGACACAAUAAAAAGCAUGAAUGCCUUCUUCUUUAA